CUCAGUAAUCAGACUGAGUUUGCCUGCAGAUUUGUGCGACCCCUGGCCAGUUUGGAUACUUUGCUUCACUUAGUGCUGGCCAGGAUUUAGUCGUAAGCUGUGAUCUAAGAUUUGGCGUACUCCAAAACUGUGGGAUGCCAUAGCUAACCAUCCUUAUCAGGAACCUUGCAUUGCUGAUCCAAAAGUUUUGCAAAAAGAUGGCAGGGCUUGUGUCACUCUUUCUAGCUUCAGUCCUGGUGGACACAGUUCUGUUGACAUCUGAGUUUUCCCUGGAAAAGGACUUUUUACAGUCACUUCAACAUCAAGAUCUGUUAUAUUACUUUAAUACAAAUUCAAUGACAUCAGUGCCUGAUCUGCAGCUGGUGUGGGUAAACUGCUCCAGCAGAAGGCCCUGGCAGUGCUCUUUUCAAGCGCAGGGUGAACAGUUUCAGCUGGGCCAGCUAACCAAGGAUCAGCUGUUUUUCUGUCCCUCUAGCCUGGAGUUCACUGUUAAUUCAACACUCAGUAUAAUAAAGAGAAGGGAAAAUACCUGUUGUGAGCGACUUUACCUGCAGAAACCAGAAAACACUCAAACUCUUCUCUCUGUGUGCCACGGAAAGCUUCAAGGCCUACUUCUAUUCCAGCCAGGAAAGAGAAAGAUGUCCAUACAGCCUUUGCUCCAAAAACAUUCAGACCACUUAAGAAACAGUGUGGACCACAUCGCAGGAGUGCCACAUCUGAUGCUGACCCAUCCCUCACCUGUGGUGAAGACACACCUCAAACAGUCACAGAGUCAUCAUCGCAUACAGAGGUCAUUUCUGGGAACAGAAGUGAGUCAUUUAGAACUGCUGGUGGUGGUCGGUCCUGACGUCCAUGAUGUUCACAAGCAGGACACUGAGAGAUACAUCCUCACCAACCUGAAUAUUGCUUCAGAGUUGUUGAGAGACGUCACUCUGGGGGCAAACAUGAGAGUUCAUCUGGUCCGUAUGAUUAUUCUCACUGAGGCAGAGCCAGAGAUUCAGAUUUCUGACAACAUCACCUCUUCUCUAAGAAGUGUGUGCGAAUGGGGUCAUAAGGUCAACCCCUCAAAUGACACUGACCCUCUGCAUGCGGACUUGCUCCUGUAUAUCACCAGGUUUGACCUGGUGCUGCCCAGUGGGAAUAAACUAGUGAGAGGUGUGACGCAGCUGGGCGGAGUCUGUUCCAGCCAAUGGAAUUGUGUCAUUACAGAAGAUACAGGCUUUGAUCUGGGAAUCACAAUAGCACACGAGAUCGGACACAGUUUUGGCAUAAACCACGAUAGUAUAGCUAACACAUGCAGUGGGAGUGGGUUUAUAAUGGCAUCUGAUGGCGGUUACAACAGUGUGGAUCUCACCUGGUCCCAGUGCAGCAGAAGCCAGCUUCUUGAUUUCUACAGUGCAGGCAAGGCAGAGUGUGUGAAGGAUGUUCCGGUGGUGGGAGGUUCUCAACAGCAGUGGAGGCCUGGGCUGUAUUAUGGGGUGGACGAUCAAUGUCGCAUUGCGUUCGGAAGAACAGCCACUGCCUGCUCUUUUAAUAGCAAUGACAUGGCCACAUGUCGGGUUCUGUCCUGCCACAUCAUCCCUGGUGAUCGCAGCUCCUGUACCCGACUACUUGUGCCACUGCUGGAUGGUACUGAAUGUGGUCCAAACAAGUGGUGUUUGAAAGGCCGCUGUGUAUCUCCAUCCAAGCUGAGCUCUUCUAUGGUAGUUCAUGGCUCCUGGUCGUCUUGGUAUGAUUUUUCCCCCUGUUCACGUACCUGUGGAGGGGGCAUCACAUUUCGCAAGAGAGAGUGUAACAACCCCAGGCCAGCGUUUGGGGGGAGAGAGUGUGAGGGAGAUGGCAUAGAAGCUGAACUUUGUCACCGCCAGUCGUGUGAGAGUACCCAGUUUGAGUUUAUGGCCCAGCAGUGCUCAGAUACAGAUCAUCAGCCUCUCUUGGUGUCUCCACAUUCAGACACAGUCUACUCCUGGAUACCUGCAGUUGGUUUCAGCUCAGGUGAUGCUCAGUGUAAGCUUGUAUGUCGGUCUCGUGAGCAGGAGUUCAUGGUGAGUCGAGGUUCUCAGUUUAUCGAUGGGACGCGGUGUGAAGCAGAUGACCCUGUACCUACCGGCAUGGUCACUGCCUGCCUUAGGGGAAAGUGCCAGGAGUUUGGUUGUGAUGGGGUGUUGCAUUCUAGGAAAGUGGAAGACCUGUGUGGAGUAUGUGGAGGAAAUAGCUCCACCUGCCAGUUAAUCUCUGGCUCCUACACAGGUGGAGAGGCACAAGAGUAUGUGACCUUCCUUAUUCUGCCAGUGAAUGCCUCGCAAGUACAUGUGAUUAACUGGAAGCCAGUUUUCACACAUCUGGCGGUGCUGGUGAACGGAGAAUAUAUUGUGUCUGGACAUGGAGACAUAGCGUUAAACACCACCCACCCCUCCCCUCUGGAGGAGAGUCAUAUGAUUUAUCUUCUUUACCUCACAUCUGACCUUUUACCACAGACAGAGGAGCUAACUCUGUCUGGACCAAUCACAGACAAAAUCCACAUACAGGUAUAUCGGAAAUAUGGAAAGGAAUAUGGAGAUGUCACAAGUCCAAACAUCACAUACCAAUACUACAUGCGUGAUAAUAUCCCGAUGAAGAAGGGCGCUGAGGGCCAGUGGUCCACCAUCAUUUCACCCUGCUCUGUUACGUGUGGCACAGGAAUUCAGAAGGUCACUCAGGAGUGUGUUGACAUGAACACCCAGGAACAUCUAGAGGAGCAGCUCUGUGGCUCAAGUCCUCCAAGCCCAACUCGUCUGCAGCCCUGCUAUUUACCUGACUGCCCAGCCAGCUGGGUGCUUGGUGAGUUUGGUCCCUGCAGCACCCCCUGUGGUUCUGGAGAGUGGGUGCGCUCUGUGGCCUGUCUGCAGAAACAAGGAACAGAAACAGUCACGCUGCCGGAUUCUGAAUGCUCUCAGAUCAAACCUCCAGUAACUGAAACCUGUAACACCCACCUGUGCCCCGCCAGAUGGCAAGUCUCGGAGCCUGGUGAGUGUUCUGCUGUGUGUGGCCCAGGUGAGGCUCCCAGAACUGUGUUAUGCGUCCGAAACCAUCGUGGUGCUGAUGUAGAGGUGGAUGACAGCCUUUGCCCUCUUCCCAAACCCUCUGAACACGUGACCUGCGUGGUGGAUGUCUGCCCUAUCGGCUGGGAAACACAAAAACAGAACCAUGGAAGUGGGUCCCUGUCUCUGAUGCCUCGUUCCAGAAUGAAACCAGUGUACGUGUGGAGCCCUGUGAUUGGCCAUUGCACUAAGACCUGUGGGAAUGGAACGCAGCAGAUAUGGUUUUCCUGUGUGGAUCAUCAGUCACGGCUGGAUGUCCCGGAGUUCCUGUGUGAUCGCUUCAGCAAGCCUGAACUGUAUACUCAGCCCUGUGCCCAGUCGCCAUGCCCUGUUAUGUGGCGGUACAUGCAGGGAGAGUGCAGUGUGUCGUGUGGAGGUGGUGUAGCCAGGAGGGUGCUGUACUGCUCUCAACAGGAGACAGAAGCCAUGGAGGUGCUGUUAGCUGACUCUGCCUGUCUACAUGUCCCCAGACCCCUGGAGGUUGUGGUGUGUAACACUGAGGCCUGUCCAACAAGGUGGCAAGCAGGAGAACAAGGUUCAUGUUCAGUGUCCUGUGGUCUCGGUGUGGCACUGAGAAGGGUUUGGUGUUCGCAGUUCAAUGGAGGGGUGGAGACAGAGGUGGAAGAAGAGAGGUGUGAUGUAGGCAAGAAGCCUCCGCUCGAGGUGCCCUGCUUCCCCCAGGCCUGCUCCUUCCACUGGGCCAUGCAGGAGUGGAGUGAGUGUUCUGUCUCUUGUGGUGGUUACGGGAUCCAGUCGAGGACAGUGUCAUGUCGUGGCCCAUCCAGCCCUCUACCUGUGAGCCCAAUCCUCUGUGUCCAUCUGCCCAAACCAAUCACCAUCCAAGCCUGCUUUAGCUCUGACUGCUCCACACCAGUCAGCCCCACACAGGAGCUCAGCACUGUUCCUACCCAGGCACCGGUUAUCCGCAGCAGGCACAGAGCAUGGAAAAUAGACCUGGGAAAGAAGAGAAAGCCUACAACUGCUGCAGGAACUGCGAUCAGCAAACUGACCUCUGAAGUUCUACCGACAGUGCCGGUUUUGGAAAGCACAACACUGCCAACACAGCCUGCACAGCUGACACAGAGCAGCAUCUGUGGACAGCUCUUCCUCCAGGACUCGGGCACCAUCGACCUACAGAACGUUACAGAGAGAAGGUGUUUCAUCGCUAUCGGCCGUCCUCUUGAUGAAGUCAUCCAAAUCAAAAUUGAGUCCAGUUCUCUUAACUGCAGACACAGAGAGAACCUCGCUCUUUAUGAGAGGCUGUCUCUGAGGCGUUUCUGUGAGAAGAUGACGGGAAAAUUGGUAACAUCUCGUUCCAACGUACUUUUAGUGCGCCAAAGCCGCGUCAGCCCUGGUAACGGGGUACUGCUGUCCUUCAGGAGUGAGAAGAACCCAAAGAAGACCCAUCAUGAAGAUUGUGACGUCCAGCUUUUCUCUCCGUCUGGUCUGAUUGAGAAUCCCGUCAGAAAUUCAUCAUACUCGACUUUCAGCUCUCAGUCUUGUCGAGUGUUCAUCGAUGCCCCCCCUGCACUGAGGAUAAAUAUCAGAGCUCUGUCUGUGUUCAAUACGAGCUCCUCAGAUUCUACAUAUGUUCUGAUGCGGGAUGUGGACGCUGUAAAAACCACAGUCUUUAAAGGGACGCAGCUUUUCCAGUGGAGUUCUACAGGAAGCAGAGCUGAAGUGGAGUUCCACGGGGAAUACCAGCACAAGAAGGGAACGUUCAGAGCAGAGUAUUCCUAUGUGAAGCCAGAGGAAGCUAAACUCAUCUAACUUCCAUGUAAAAGCAACUCAAAAACUUGUUUAAAAGGCACAUUUGCAUGUUUAACAUCUGCUAAGCGCAAACAACAGCAUAAACACAAAGACAUACAGUAUGAAGGCCAUUGUGCACAUAUUCUAUUGUGGACCCAUAGUAAUGUUCAUUCACAAUUAGCAAUAUUAGCAUUAUCAGUUGAUGAAGUACUAUACUUCUUUAAAAUGUGGACUGUCCGAUUUAAAAAUACAAACAAAUAGAAAAACAACAGAAACCUGAUUUUAUUAUACAUUUUCACUUCAUUCACAAGAAAACUAGAAGUUUAUGGCUUUCUUUCUUCUUUCUCUAACAUCUUGUAAAAUCAUGUUCUUUGUUUAGGCUUUACAGCUUAUGUGCACUGUGUUCGAAUAUAUAUAUAUUUAUCUCAAUAAAUAUGUAGUUAUAGGUAUACAACAGGCCUUUAAAGAAGACUAAGUGCUAAAAUCUUGAGUAGAACAGAGAAACACAAAUGUGCAGUUCUACAGCAAACCUCUGCACACAAAUCAGUAAACAGAAAUAUUAAGUAUCAGCACAACAACAAAAAACACAUACUUGUAGACCGUCUCAAAUGUUCUGUUCAUGACAUUUUCCACCACUGUUCUGAAACUGUUGUGCGACAAACAUUUCAGUAAUGGUGACUUGCUCAAAGAAAUAAGGGACUGAGAGCUGUCAGUUGUAGUGCAUACACAUUGUGGCAGAUGAUCCACGCGGGAACAGUAAAUAUUACCAUCAGGCAGUGUGGGUUUUCUUCCAUAGCCUGUCUGGCUUUUACCCAGGUCUAGUCGGCCUGUUCCUUUCUCCAGGACAAAAUCUCACUCGCUGGGUUGAGGCACCUGUUCCAGGAGAGCCUUCAUGUCAAGCAGUGCAUCCGAGAGGGAUCUAGCUAGAUUGUUUGCGUUGGUUUCCUCACAGCUGUUGAAGGCCGUCACAGCAACAUUUAUGUGGUCGUCCAUUGGAUUGUAGCAGACCCCAUAACCAUCCGGCACCAUAGGCCCGAUAGACAUAACACAGUCUGUCUUUGAUCCAACCUGGCAAAGACAUCAUUGCAGUUUCUUGUAAAAUAUCACAUUAUCAAUCAUUAUCAAAAACAUAGUUGCAUUAAGAAGGAUCAAUAAAUGAUUAAAGGUCUCAUUCCAUUGUUUUUUCAUUCAUUUUAACAUGUGUAAUUGUGGUCGCUAGCAUGACUGAAUGCCAUGUGAGCUGUUUUUUGUGAAAAAAAAAAACUGCUUCAAUGAUCCAGUAUAAUUAGUCCGGUGGAGGAGGGGUGUGUGGGGGAGACGAUAGGAUUUUGGCUCUUGCUCAUGAAUAUACAUACAUACAAAGAUAUCGCCUCUGAUUGGCUAAUAGCAAUGUGACACCAGGAGGCAGCAAUAUGGGAAACAGUUAGAAACGUUUUAAAAUAAAGACAUUUUUACACUAAUAA